GAGCAAUUCUAGUAGUGCGAGUUAUAAUUUGCCAGGCUGGACUUGAAAUUAACAAAACAAUACAAUGAAAAAAAAACAAGCAUUAAUAAUAGAUAAGAUACAUUAAAGAGUAUAGUUGCAUGUGUUUUGUAUUAUAAGACUCAUUUGAAAUUAAACCAAUCAACUGAACACAUCACAACACUAUUUAUUAGUGGUUGAUGAAAAUUGACAAAAUGAGUGAAACAGUGAAAAAACCUCAAAUUAACGUCGCUUCAAUUGAAACAGAACCAAAUCCUUCAGCAAUAUGGUACGAACUUAUGUUGGCCAUUGUAAUACUUCUAGGAUUUUUGGUUAGGGUUAUUUAUUACGUAGGAGAAUCCAUUUAUACCCUUAUCAACCCCCCACCCCCUAAAUCUGUAAAGGGCGAAAUAGUGUUGAUCACAGGCACUGGUCAUGGCAUUGGUAAACAAUUAGCGUUGCUAUAUGCAUCAGAGGGAUCCACUGUGAUUGGUUGGGAUAUCAACGAAGCCAAUAACCAAAAAACUAUCAAAGAAAUUGCUGAGAAAGGGUAUCCUAAAGCUUAUUCCUACGUCUGUGAUAUUUCCAACAGAGACAAUGUCCUUCAAGUUGCCAAGAGGGUACAGCAAGAGGUUGGUGAUGUUACCAUUUUGAUCAACAAUGCGGGUAUUAUGCCUACUAGACCACUUUUGGAGCAUUCACAUGUUGAAAUUGAAAAGAUUUUUGGUAUAAACGUAAUGGCCCAGUUCUGGACUUUGGAAGCUUUUCUGCCUUCAAUGAAAAAGAACAACUACGGCCAUAUAGUAUGUCUUUCAUCAAUGGCAGGUCAGGUAGGUUUGGUCAAUUUGGUGCCCUACUGUGCCUCAAAAUUUGCAGUUAGAGGUUUAAUGGAAGCCUUGCAUGAGGAACUUAGGGGACACCCAAAAAAUAACAUCCAUUUGUCAAGCAUUUACCCUUUCAUGGUUGAUACUGGCUUGUGCAAAAAUCCAGUUAUUCAGUUUCCAAAUUUGAUGCCAAUGGAGAAACCUUCAGAAGUGGCUAAAACUAUUAUGCACUGCCAGAGAAAUAAUAUCCUGGAAAAAUCCAUUCCUGGAUAUAUGGCAGGAUUUGUCAAUGUACCUAGAUUUUUACUACCACUGAAAGCUGGCUUGGACUUAAAAGAUACAUUUGGAGCUUUCGUUGAUAGCGAUAAAAAAUAAAAAAAUUUACGUUAAUGUACAAAUUACAAUUAAAAACCAAAGCAAUAUAUUAACUUAGUAUUAACCACAUUUUUAUCUAUUGUUAAUUUUGUAAGCACAAAAUCUUGCCUAAAUAAAUGUUUUUUAUUUACACUGUACACUACACACUCAUGUAAACCCCUUCAAACCAAAUAGGCCCAUAGGCAACACAAAUAUCAUUCUUAUAUACU